AUGCUGAUCGCGGGCAUGAAGUACCCCAUCCCCACGGGCUCUUUGGGAACACUCAAACGUAUCUUCUACGGGGGCGAUGCAUUCCCUGAGCGACAGGAGAUCGAGUCUCACCUGGCACCCGUGCGCCUGGUACAGCAAUACGGGAUGACGGAGUGCGGCCAGAUUUCCAUGGGAACCACGGCAAACGCGGGCUACCUCCUUCCAGGGAUCGAGGCGAAGGUCGAGUUCAACGGUGUGAAGCUUUACCCCGGAGAGCAGGGCCGUCUCUGGGUGAGGGGAGACGGCGUGGUCACUACUGUGCGUGGCAAGGAUAGGUUUGCGGACACGGGGGACAUUGGAUUUUUCGACUCGGACAACCGGCUCCACCUAGUUGGACGUGAAAAGGACAUCACCAAGUGUCCGGGAGUCCGAGAGGUUGCAGUUGUGGGCAAACCAGAGCGAACCUACGGUCACGUUCCCGUGGCAUUUGUCGUCAUGGAUCCACCCAGGGAUGCCAACGCCAUCAUUGCCUUCGUCGGGAAGCUUGCACCAGAGUGGUACAUGCCGAUUCACGACGUCAUCUUCGUCCCCGAGCUGCCAAGGACGCCCAUCACUGCCAAAGUCAUAGCGUACACUGUUGAAAACCAUACAAAAUGCAAAGGAAAAAGAAAUUGA